UCUGACCUUUUCUUCGUUCAACCUCUCUCUCCCUCUCGGCAUUGACUUCAACAGCACCGAGCCGCUGAUCCUCCUGAUCAAGUCAAGUCGCACACACUUAAGCACAAACAACUCGUUGGAAUCAUAUUCGUAUUUGCCAGAGAUGUCGACCAUCAAGAAGAAGGGUACGAACAUCCCUUCGCAGGCCGAGAUCAUGAUCAAGGUCUGCAGCGAGAUCGUGGCCGAACUGAUUCAGGCGCAUGAGGCUGGCAAGGACAUCAACUUGAACGGACUGAAGCAGCGCUACUCACGCAAGCACAAGGCACAGAACCAGCCCAAGCUAGUGGAUAUCAUCGCUGCCAUUCCCGAGCAAUACAAGGCAGUUUUGCUACCCAAUUUAAAGGCCAAGCCCGUUCGUACUGCCUCCGGAAUUGCUGUUGUCGCUGUGAUGUGCAAGCCCCAUCGAUGCCCACAUAUUGCCAUGACAGGAAACAUUUGUGUGUACUGCCCUGGAGGUCCGGACUCCGAUUUCGAAUACUCCACACAGUCGUACACGGGAUACGAGCCAACCAGCAUGCGCGCUAUCAGAGCUCGCUACAAUCCAUUUGAGCAGUCAAGAGGUCGACAGGAUCAGCUCAAGUCGCUUGGACACAGCGUGGACAAGGUCGAAUAUAUUGUCAUGGGAGGGACAUUUAUGUCGCUGCCUGAGGAUUACAGGGACUGGUUCAUCAGCAAUCUGCACGACUCUCUCUCGGGUCACUCCAGUAACGAUGUUGAUGAGGCCGUCAGGAUGUCUGAAGUCAGUCCGAACAAGUGCAUUGGAAUCACUAUUGAAACUCGUCCUGACUACUGUCUAAAGCCACAUCUGAGUCAAAUGUUGCGAUAUGGAUGCACAAGAUUGGAAAUCGGAGUUCAGAGUGUAUACGAAGAUGUGGCCCGUGACACAAAUCGAGGACACACUGUGAAGGCCGUUACAGAAUCCUUCCAGCUGGCCAAGGACGCUGGAUUCAAGGUGGUGGCACACAUGAUGCCCGAUCUGCCUAACGUUGGUAUGGAGCGCGAUAUGGAUCAGUUCAAGGAGUACUUUGAGAACCCGGCUUUCCGGUCCGACGGAUUGAAGCUCUACCCCACAUUGGUCAUUCGUGGAACUGGACUCUAUGAGCUCUGGAGAACAGGACGUUACAAGAACUACACACCCAACGCCCUUGUUGACCUUGUGGCGAGGAUUCUGGCUCUGGUUCCACCAUGGACUCGUGUCUACAGAGUCCAGCGCGAUAUUCCCAUGCCCUUGGUCACAUCUGGAGUUGAGCAUGGAAACUUGAGAGAGUUGGCACUGCAGAGGAUGAAGGAUCUGGGGACAGAGUGCAGGGAUGUCCGAACGCGCGAGGUCGGAAUUGUUGAUAUUCACAACAAGGUCAAGCCAGACCAGGUCGAACUGAUCCGAAGGGAUUACACAGCGAACGGGGGAUGGGAGACCUUUUUGAGCUAUGAGGAUCCGGAACAGGAUAUUUUGAUCGGGCUGUUAAGAUUGCGCAAGUGCUCACCUUUGGCGUUCCGACCAGAGUUGACAAAGGCUGGUCCGACCUCCAUUGUUCGUGAGCUGCAUGUAUACGGAUCUGUGGUCCCUGUGCACUCGAGAGACCCUUCCAAGUUUCAGCACCAGGGAUACGGUACGCUGCUGAUGGAAGAGGCGGAGAGGAUUGCGAGGGAGGAGCAUGGAAGUGUCAAGCUGAGCGUUAUCAGUGGUGUCGGUGUCAGGAAUUACUAUGCUAAGCUGGGCUACGUUCUCGAUGGUCCUUAUAUGUCCAAGAUGCUGGUGUAGAUGUAUCAUAAUAAACAAAAA